AUGAGAUCAUUGAAAUAUUUCGCGGCGCUUUUGCCGCUGUGCUCUGUGGGCGCGUUUGCAGGCGAAUGGGAGGAGGGAGAUGUCAUUGUUGAGGUCACCACAACGAGAACUGUCACCGUCUGCCCUCUGACCGAGUUCUAUACCUGCGAGGCCGAUACUCUCCCGACGAAACUCCCCUGGGAGGAUUGGACGACAACCCCUGGUGACGCUGAGACCACCACCACCACCACAACUGGCAGUGAGGGAUCGAGCACUGUCACAUCCGGAUCUUGGGGAUCAUCUACUACGUCUGGAACUGGUUAUUGGUCCACCACUCAGGCUCCUACCGGCAGCACCACUUCUGCACCACACUACGGAAACAGCAGCACGACGAGCUACACAUCAAUUACGUCGUCGGCCAGCUUCAACACAACCUCCUCGACCGCCACUUUGACCACCACGACUUCGUCUGUCUGCAAGAAUGAAACAUCCAGGGCUACAGGGCUGCCUGAGCCCCGCUGCAACGGCCCUGACGACAGAAGCCGAUGGUGCAUUGGCAAGUCUGUCGAUGAUGACACCCACAAGACCUUCUACACUGGCCAGACCAAGAAAUACACUCUGACCAUCACUGAAGAACAACUCGACUAUGAUGGCACCCUCAAGCACUCUUUCGCGGUAAACGGCCAGUCUCCAGGUGAAGCCAUUGUGGCUAACUGGGGUGACAUGGUUGAAGUUACUGUUGUUAACGGCCUGACCACCAACGCCACCACCAUCCAUUGGCACGGUAUCCGACAGACUGGCACAAACGACCAGGAUGGUGUGCCUGGUGUCUCCGAGUGCGGUAUUGCUCCUGGCGCCGCUCGCGUCUACAAGUUUCAUGCUAGCACGUACGGCACUGGCUGGUACCACUCGCAUACGCUCUCGCAGUAUGGCGCUGGUUGCCGAGGCCCCAUCAUCAUUCACGGCCCUGCUACUGCAAACUACGACCUAGACAUGGGUUCCGUCAUGAUCGACGAGGCUUUCAACCAGACCAUCUUCGAAAUGGCUUACAACAUUGCCCGCGUCCGAGGAGCUCUCCCUCCAGCCACCAACUACCUGCUCAACGGCAAGAACAAGUCUCCCGAUGGAACCAAGGGUGAGAGUGCCCAAUGGACUGUGAAGAAGGGCAAGAAGCAUCUUUUCCGCAUCAUCAACAGUUCUGCUCAAUCUGCCUAUGCUGUGCACUUUGACAACCACAAGAUGAAGGUCAUUUCGGCGGACUUUACACCCGUCGUCCCAUACGAGACUGAUGUUCUAUACAUCCAAAGUGGUCAACGUUACAAUGUCAUUGUGGAGAUGAACCAGCCCGAAGGAGCUUACUUCCUACGUGCAGUCACCCAACAAGGGUGCGGCGUCCGAAGCUUAAACGACGGUUUGGGAACUUCCAACGGCGUCUUCACAUACGAAGGGUCGUGCGGCACACCCAAGUCUGACAACUUCACCAUCUCCACGGCGAGUGACUGUCUGGAUGAACCUCUCGCCAAGCUCAUCCCUCACGACUCCAAGAGCGCCGGAUCUGUCUCCCAAUUCCAGGACACCGUCAAGCUUCUCCCCGCUGGCAAUGCCGGAUCGCAGAACUUUGGCGAAUAUGGUCCCGUCAUCAGAUGGUUCAUGGGCGAAUUGAAGGAGCUUUCCGAGAACAGCGGCACGCCGGCGGCCAACAAGGCCAUCAACGUCACCUACAGCGAGCCCACGCUCAAGACGCUCGCGACGCUGCCCGGCCUAGGCUACAACAGCUCGUACUUUGGCAACACGGCGGUGCUCGACGGUCCGGCCAACUCGUGGGUGUACUUUGUCAUCCAGAACAACUUCCAGACGUCGCACCCGAUGCACUUGCACGGCCACGACUUCUCGGUGCUCGGCCAGGGCAAGGGCGUCUUCACCUCGGACAUGGUCGGGCAGCUCAACUUCCAGAACCCGAUCCGCCGGGACACGGUCCUGCUCUUCGGUGCCGGCAGCCCACAGGCGUUCGUGUCGGGAUGGACCGUCAUCGGCUUCGAGACCGACAACCCCGGCGCGUGGAUCAUGCACUGCCACAUCAUCUGGCACGCCGACGGCGGCAUGGGUCUCCAGUUCCUCGAGCGACCCGACGAGAUCGACGCCAAGGGCUACUACGACAGCGAGUUCAAGGACGAGUGCGCUUCGUACGCCACCUACGAGGCCUCGUCGGCGCCCAGACAUCCCUACGAGUCUGGUCUCAAGGCUCGACACUUGCACAACCACAAGGUGUCGCACAGGAACGUUGUCCGCAAGCACUAA